CUGAUUUUUCUUUCUUUAUAUUUUCAUACCUUAAUAUAGCUGCUGAGAAGUACAUUCCUAUAUUUUGUCGUUUUAACAUUACAGUGCGUUACAAUAAAACGAAUUGAGUCGGAGCAACAAUGUAUAUAUUUAUGAUGUAGGCCUACUAAAUGUGUUGAGCCAAAUUUCACAAAAAAAAACAAUCAUUAUUAAUAUAUGAGUAAGGUUGAUUACUUGUAAAGAGAUUUAAAUAUGUUUUCUAAUAGUCAUUUUUGCCAGUCGAACUAUUCAUUACUGAUACCAGCAUUCGAAUGGACACUUAACGGUACCAUAAAUGAUCCGUGUUUCAUCGAUAGCUUUUAUCUAGUAGUAUCUGUGAUAUUUGGAGUUCUUGCGCUUUUGAUAUUAUUUUUCGCGUACUGUUGCACCGGGAUACGGCGACUUGAUCGUGCGUUUAUCGUGCGCUAUCCAUUUCAUUGCACGAGAUGGCUCCUUUGUAUCUUCCUCUGUCACACUCAAUUCGCAUCAAUAGGAGAAGGUGUUCUGACAACGGUCAGUACUCGGUCUGAUGUUCCUAUCGAACCUCAUUUAUACGUUCCUCAAAUAAUAGCUUUUAUAACUCUCAUCUUGAUGUUAUCUUAUUACCACCAUAUGGAAGUGUGGAACGUUUGGCCGAUGGUGUUUCUACCUCUGUUUUAUUGGAUCAUGGCAUUUGUUGCCGAGUCUCUCCGGUUUGCAAAUCUUCAGCAUGACCCGAACGUGGACUACGAUACUGUCCGAUGGAUCAUAAGUGCUACCAAUCUCACCUUAUAUGGUCUUCUAGCCCUUAUAGAAUUAUGUACAACCCUCAAUUUGAUAUGUUGCACUAACCAUAGAUUGAGAGAUAAAGUACCAAUUGAUCUGGAAAGAGAAGGAAAGAAUGUAAUAUUCCUCCAGGGCCACACUAACAUGGUCUCCGGUAUCCUGUUCUGGUGGUUGAAUGAUUUUGUCAAGCUAGGCUCAAAGACUGUUCUUAAUCCGGAAGAUUUCGGACAUCUUCCACGGUCUUUGACGGCAGGACCAAACGCAAUACGCUUCUACAAACACAUGUAUAACACACACAAAGAGGGCGACGAAAUAUCGCAGCCUAGCAUCCUGAGAGCAUACCGAAAAAUAUAUGGGUUUGAAUUUUUUGUAUCUGCUGUUGCAAAAGGAUUGUCCGACACAUGCGGGUUUAUACCAGCCCUGUCUGUCGGCAGAAUGGUUGAUUACGUCAGUGACAUUGAUGACGAAAGUGAUACUUAUAUUAAUUCAGCAGCGUAUGUGUCGCUGAGCGACUACUUUACAAAUGGCUUUGUGCUGUUGGUGUUGGCUACCUUGGCUAUUAUUCUUAAGGGUGUGUUUCUACAAUAUUCCAACUAUAUCCUGUGGAGGCAGAACAUUGAGCUGAAGGGAGCGCUUCAGUCAAUAAUCUACGAUAAAUCUCUAAGAAUGUCAACGUCAGCCGCUGCAGAUGGAUCGUGCGGGAUGGGAGAAAUUGCAAAUCGUGUUUUCGUUGAUACCGAUGGUAUGCAGCGGAUGAUGACGUACAUACACAACGUUUGGUCUAUUCCUUACCAGGUUGCACUCGCCCUGAUUUUCCUCUACGUGGAGAUGGGAAUAUCAGCUUUGGUAGGAGCAUCACUAAUGUUGAUUAUAUUCCCGUGUCAAGUAACGCUAGCAAGAUGCAGUGUAUAUUUCCAGAAGAUGUCAAUGGUUCGAUCCGACGAGCGGUUGAAGGCAAUUAAUGAGGUUAUCCAGGGAAUGAAACUCGUCAAGCUACUUGGCUGGGAAGAUUUAUUUUACAAUAUCAUUAGUAAAAGCAGGAAUCUUCAGAUAUAUUUGCUACGGAAACAGGCCUCCAUUGCCGCUUUCAUUGUUCCACUUGGUUUUGGUUCUCCUUCAUUUAUCGCACUUUUGAGCUUCGUCAUGUACACGCUAGUCGAGGGCCUAGUUCUGACUCCCGACGUUGCCUUCACUGCCAUACCUCUGAUUCAGAACCUGAGCGCUCCACUUUUACUGCUGCAACCUACCGUCAACCAGGUGGUCAGCGGUUUUGUUAGUAUCAAGCGUAUAGAGGACUUCUUGAAAACGCCUGAAAUUGAAAAGAAGGACAUUGGUAGAACAAAUGUUGAUAGUUUUUCGACGCUAGUGAAAAAUGAAAUUUUGUUAAAUGGAAGUAAUUGUGCAGACCCGAUGGAGUACAUAACGUCAGAUAAAGAAUACACGUCAUUUAGGAAAUCAGUUGACGACGCUCGUUAUGGUACAUUUAAAAAUGGCGGCGCCAGUAAAUACACCAGAAUGCUACCGGCAUUACCUGAUGACAUCAUAUUGAGUGUUUCUAAUGCCGAUUUCAGUUGGGAGAAAAACUCGUUUGAACCUACACUGAAAAACAUAAACCUUGAGAUUCCAAGAAAUCGUCUGACGAUUAUCGUGGGUCAAGUAGGAAGCGGCAAGUCUUCAUUACUGUCUGCGUUCAUGGGAGAAAUGUAUACAAACGAAGGAAAUGUUAUAUGGAACACACCUUAUAGCAACAUUUCAUAUGGUUCACAAGGGGCGUGGCUCAGAAAUGCAACUGUCCGCGACAACAUCAUCUUUAACAACGAAUACGAACUAUCAAGAUAUCAAGAAGUUGUUUCCUCGUGUGCACUGCUUCCUGACAUCCAGAUCUUACCGGCGGGCGACAUGACAGAGAUCGGUGAGAAAGGGAUUAAUCUUAGCGGAGGUCAGCGUCAGAGGAUUAGCGUUGCUAGGGCAAUGUACAGCAAGAAUGACGUCGUCAUUUUGGAUGAUCCUAUGUCUGCUCUUGAUGUUCACGUGGGGGCACAUGUAUUUGACAAUGGCAUCAAGAGAUGGUUGUUAGGCAACAAGAGAACUGUGAUUCUGGUCACUCAUCAACUUCAAUAUCUACCUUUUGCUGACCAGAUAAUAGUCAUGAGAAAUGGGCAAAUCCAACUACAAGGAACCUUUGAGGAGGUUGCUAGUCAGGAUAGGAUGUUGUACGAAAACUGGAAGAAAACGAUGAAAGAAAUCAGUGAGACGGAAACAGAGGAUGAGGAGGACAGUAAAACAAAACAGGAACGAAGGAAGCUGAAGAUACAGUUGACAAGAUCCAAAAAUAGACAGAUCGCAGAGACGAAUGCGUCAAGCAAACCUACCGAAGAGUUCAGCAUGUCAGACAUCGGUGAUUCAGACAGAAGCAGUCUGAUAGUAAAAGAGGAUAGAAACGUUGGUUCUGUGAAGUACGAAUUAUACACGUUCUAUGUGCGCAUGGUUGGGAGCGCCCUCGCGUCUUUGAGUUUGACGGCAUUUCUAAUUGAAGUUUCACUUCAAGUGUCCAGUAACUUCUGGCUUUCGGUCUACACAGAUACGACGUCAGAUUUAUCGAACACAACAGAGGAACAGCAAGAAUCGGAUCUGCACCGUUUUCUUCGUGGUUACGCUGGAUUCAUUGGAUUUGGAGCAGUAAUGACAUUUUUUUCAACACUACUAGUUAUGAACGCAUUAUUAUCGGGGGCCAACAGGAUUCAUCGAAAAAUGCUCUCAACGAUUCUACAUGCAUUUAUGAGGUUUUUCGAUACAACACCUGCCGGCAGAAUUCUCAAUCGGUUUUCGUCCGACAUGCAAGUAUUAGAUCAGCAAAUGUUGAUUAUGGUGCCAUUUUUGCUCCGCACUGGACUACUUGUCAUUGGCGGAUUACUUGUGAACGCUAUCGUAUCAUACUUCUUUAUCCUGACCAUUCUACCGAUUGCGAUUGCGUAUUUCUUCCUCCUUAAAUAUUAUUUGUCAUCAUCGAGAGAUUCUAAGCGCAUCGAGUCUGUCACAAGAUCACCCGUGUACUCUUACUUUGGUGAAACAAUUAAUGGUCUAACAUCAGUCCGAGCGUACCAGCAACAGAUUCCAUUUUUCCAAACGCUUGUAACCAAAAUUGAUUUUAACUCUAACGUCCUUCUCUUUCAACAAGUUCUAACUUUGUGGCUUUCUGUCAGACUGUCGAUUAUUGGAUCGUUGAUUAUCCUCUCAUCUGGUCUGGCAACAUUGAUACCCGGCGUGAUGGGAACCGUUAGCUCAAGUUCUGUUGGACUAGCCAUAACAUAUGCUAUAAUGAUGUCAAAUCUGCUAAAUAUUAUCGUCCAGCGAAUGGCUGAAGUUGAAACUACAAUGAAUGCAAUCGAAAGGAGUUACAAAUGGACAGUACUCACUACUGAGCCACGUGAUGGCGGUAUGAACCCACCGAGUUAUUGGCCGCACCGUGGUGAGAUAAUCUUCGACUCGACAUGUGUACGGUACGCCCCUGGUCUCGACACAGUCUUAGAUAAUGUUACAGUCAACAUCAAACCAGGACAAAAGGUUGGAAUAUGUGGGCGAACCGGAAGUGGCAAAUCAUCAUUGACCCUAGCUUUGUUCAGAAUCAUCGACACGUUCAGAGGGAGAAUUCUAAUCGAUGGUAUUGACAUUGCUCAUAUACCUCUCAAUUCACUUCGUAAACGAUUGGCGAUCAUUCCACAAGAUCCAGUCUUGUUCACGGGAACAAUUAGGUUCAAUCUCGAUCCAGACAACAUUCAUAAUGACAAACAAUUGUGGGAAGCACUCGAAAUCGCGCAGUUGAAGAGAGUUGUUACGGAGUUAGGAACGGGUCUCGAUUCCCCAGUAUUCGAGGGUGGAGAGAACUUUAGCGUGGGUCAGCGGCAGUUGUUCUGUCUCGCACGAGCAUUCUUGAUCAAAACCAAAGUGUUGGUAAUGGACGAGGCGACUGCUUCCAUUGAUGUCAAAACGGAUGCUGUUUUACAAGAGGUUGUACGCCGUGUGUUCAAAGACCGAACUGUGUUAACAAUAGCUCAUCGAGUGGCAACUAUCCUGGAUUCUGACGUCAUUGUAGUUCUCUCCGACGGAAAGGUUAUCGAGUACGAUUCACCGGAUCGGUUGCUUCAGCGAAAUUCCGUAUUUGCCUCUCUCGUCAAAUCAAACAAAUAAACAAAGGGCUAAUCUGUAAAUUGAGAAUAUUUGCCAAAAAAAAUAAUGUAAUCAUUACGUUUCUAUAUUGUCGUUUAGAAGAAUGUACAGUUUUCCAGAUUAAAGACAAUUAUAUAUUUACAUCAAUUAGAUGCAUACUAGUGUUUUUCAGUGGAAUUUAGUGUUGUUUGAAAUUUAAUGUUAUAACAAUACUUAAUAAAAUAUACCUGUACAUAUUAAAAUACUUACGGUAUUGGCAUACAGUAAUCAUUAUUUCUACACAUAGCCUAUGUCCUUCAAGCAAAAUAAAAAUCAGUUUAGAUGAAGGUUAGAUCUUCUUAUCCUAUCCACACACUUGCUAGAUGCUUUGUUUCAGUCCGUAUUUUUGUCAAAUAAAAUUUGAUAGCUAGGCAGAGCUUUAUAGAUAAAACUAAGUUAACUACAGACCACACUGUGCUUACCUCAUAUGAGAUUAUAUAUUUUGUUUUACAAAAUUAGAUCUACUUUUAUGUUUUGUUAAUGUUGAAGGCAAAUUAUUUGGAAAGAAUUAUUCAGCAUUGUAUCAGGUUGAGAAGAAUAUACAUCAAUGCUGUAAAAAAUGAAAGUCUUAAUAAGUAUCUAUCGUUAGAUAUAAUGGAAUAUAAUGGGUAAAAGAAUUAUUGUAAUAUAUUUAACUAGUUUCUCAAAAGUGAUUUCAAUCAAUUAUGUUGUUUAUUUUGUUUAAAUGAUGUAAAUGAAUCUGUUUUGCCAAAAAGUGAAAUUGUAUAUAGAAUUUGAAUAGGCAGUGAAGUUGAAGUGGUUUGGUGAAUAUGGUGCUUACCUACCAAUCCAAAGGUCCUAGCUUCUAAUCUUUCAAUAGGCCUACAACCAGAAUUGUUUUCACGCGUUUAAGAAAAACGUCACGAUUUAGGCCUAAUAAUGAGACUUACACUCAGUCCACACUAUCAAGGUUUAUGUGACUAAUUUGUGUGAUGUACCCAAAUAUGGGCAUGAUGAUGUCAUAUUACACCCAAAUAUGGGCAUAUCGCUUCUUUUUGUCACACAAAAUUUGAUAGUGUGGACAGUGCUUUAGUUUAUAGAGCAUCACCUUAUUUAUUAUAUUUAAGUGACCCGGAAUAACCGCAAAGGUUCUGGACGAAGCUGGGGGUUCAUCCUCUCUAAAUAUGGCUUAAUUACAUGUUUUGUAGUAACAUCGGUACAAAUAUAAUUAGAACCUAUAGGUAUAUUAAGAAAUAAAGUUUUGAUUUUA